AUGUCGAGGUGUGAGCUCGAAAACGCUAUACUAUCUAGAAGUAUGGGUAAUGUUCAAACAUGGCCGCCUGUACGAGUUGCGACUCAAAAUGGAGAGGACGAUGGAACCGAAGUUACCAGCACGCCGAACGUGAAGCAAAACGAGAUUGAUGGACGUGAGUCCAGCGGAAAAAUGAGGAAGAAGCGAAAGAGACGGACGUUGAAGCAUCUGGUGAGGAUGUGUGAAAAGUUUGGAGACAAUAGCGACAAGUCAGGAAUCCUUGCUCGAUGGCGAAAAUGCUUGAAGGACCCGAGAUGGCAAUACGCCGUUGAUGCUGGGUUAUUAGAUACAAGUCGAAUGGAGGAUAUGAUACAACAACACGUCAUCAAGCUAGAAAACCUCUCUAGAGAACUCCACAAUCAAGGAGGAGCUUCCGGUAAAGUCCGAGAUGUUGCACGAGAACGAUUUUGGGAGGCAUCGCCUCUAACAAGGGUGGAGAAUACACUGAAAAAGGAGACCCUCGUGCCGAGAUGGACUCAACUCCAAUUGGAAAGCUGGGCUCUCUACCUGGAGUCUCAGAUGCUAUUCGCAAAUCUUGACAUCAGUAUUUCUCGUGGUACUGUGGAGUUCCAUGAACUUCGACCUGACUUCAGACGUCAGCGACUCAGAUUCUGGAUACUCAGAUUACGAGGACUACAGGUUCGCAGCAUUGACAGGCUAUAG